AUGAAGUUGCCCGCGGACGGCUCCGGCGUUCAUUUCUACGACUUCAAAAGAAUCCCAGAUACGAUGGUUUUCAAGAAUAUGUACAGAGCUCGCAUGGACAGUUUGCAUGCGGACAGCGCAACUGCAGAUCGCAUGGUUGAGGAGGCAAACUACGCCUUCUUCUUGAACACUCGCAUCUUCCAGGAGCUGGACUCUCUAGCCGGCUUCGAGGCAGAUCCAGUCCCACCACCAGCGACAGCUCCGCCCUCCAGCGAGUCCGCUGCAGCUGCAGCGGCUGCCAGAGCAGCCGGAUGCCCCUUUGCGAGCCUGGCUGCGGCAGGUGUGGCCAUGCCAGAGGGGCAUCCUCAUCCAGAGAAGGCAGACUCCAAGGAGAGCGGGGAGCCAGAACGCCCAGCAGAGACAACUCGGAGUUCAAGUCAGCUGCCACUGCUUUUGUUGUCGAUUGCCUUCGGCACUGCUGCUGUGGGGCUUCUUGCCGCCUUGAGUGCCAGUCGCAAGAGCUGA